UCUCCAUACCCAGCUUCAGACAUCCUACGAAUGCGCAAUUCGCACAAACCAAAAUUGACGGCCUGCUCAUAAUAUCUGCAUACAUCCCUCCAAAUGUUUACAUGAGACGGGAUGCCUGGGAUCGUCUUCUUUCAAAUGCCGAGCGGCCAUUCAUCCUGAUGGGUGAUCUGAACGCUCACCACUCGCACUGGGGUCAUGCCACAAACAACACCAACGGCAGGGAGCUGAUGGCAGCCAUAGAUGCGCAUGGACUAGUCAUGCUGAACGACAUGCGACCAACCAGACUCAAACACGGUUCUCCUUCCAUCUUGGACCUGUUGCUUGCAUCGCCAGAAGCGGCGCUCAAUCUUAAGUUCCAGCACCAGACAAGACACCUUCGGAAGUACAGUGCUGAAUUGGAGCAGGAGUUCAACAACAACCCAGAUAUGGAUCUGGGCACCCUGACAUCUGUCGUCGUCGAGGCGGCCAAAGCCAAUUCAAAAUCCAAUCCAGCAACCAAGUUCCAUCUUGCCCUUGGUGGGACGACGAAUGUUCAAUGCCUGUUGCCAAACGGAGAAGGCUACUGA